AUGCAAGCAUUAUUUUUUAGUAUCAUUUUCUUCCUUAAACGAACUUUUUUGUUUACCUUCUCACCACGUGCGGAAACUCGACUGUUAUUAAUUUGUAUUCUUUUUCUUUCUAUGAGUAUUUCUUAUGUUCAAAUGCUUCUAUUCUGGUUUGUUCAUUUCAACGAAAUACACGCAUCCCGAGACAGUAUAGUAAAACGGAGGCCCCCUAAUGGUCGGAUAUUUCGUGGUCUACACCAACCGUCGGAACCGGACGCAACACCAACAACAGUAGUGUCACACAGUUCGCUUGAAAAAACAUCCUCAACACUUCUUACCACCAAUCAUUUUUUUCUCAACAAUGGCAGACAACGUGUCAAAUCGGUCAAGGAUUCAUGCCUCCCGCUACCUCGGUCUUCCAGCAGAUCGUCUAGGCGGCUUAUGGGCUCCAUUACCAAAACACGUUUAGGCCAGGGAGCCCAAACAGACCUAACAACCCCACCUAUUAUCAGCUUCACUCCCCUAACUCACGUGAGCCCCAACCAGGGACGCCUCCCAGUCUCAAUAUACCUCAGACCUUGUGGAGACCAACCAGACAAAACAGUGAGGAUGUACGCCAUCAUCGAUGAACAAAGCAACCGGUCUUUGGUACGCACAGACACAUUUAAAAAUGAUGGGCCCAGUUUCCCUAUUCCCUUAAAACUUGUGCCAGAGUUAUACAAACCAUGGAAGAAGGCUUCCAGGUUUCCACUUCCAAGUCUCGUCAAUGCGACAAAAAUACCCAACGACAGGUCCGGCAUCAACCCUGAGGCAGCCCUCCACCACCCACAUCUGAGAAAAAUAGCACACCAUCCCCCACCGUGGAGCCUAAACUCCUAUAAUGCUCCUUCUGGGGCACACGAUAAACUGGCAGAGAGUCGACUUUCUUCACCGAGAAAACGCUACGAUACAAAGACCCCUUUUUACACCGCUAAACGAGGUCCGAACCUAGGGCCUUCAAAACUCUCAAAAGCAGUACAUAAAGAGCUUUCUUUUCCGAUGCAUCGACCAAAGCCAUCGCUGCAGUGGCCUAUCUCAAGGUCACCGACGAUAAAGGAAAAACAAAUUGGUUUUGGCUUCAUCACGGGGAAAGCGAAACUUGGACCCGAACAUUCAGUUCCCAGACUGGAGCUCUGUGCCGCCCUCCUGGUAACCGAACUGAAGCGAACUAAACACCUCCUCAGACCCGUUGCGGAUUGUCCUUCUCUCACCCAAUCGGCCCCUUUGCUUGGGGUCUUCUUUCUGACCCUACACCGGUUGAAGGUUCCCGGUGCUCAGCCUCUAUCUAGUUUAGAGCACGGCCACAUGGCAUGCCCCAGCUUGGCCGAUAGUUUUCAUCCUUUAAAUAUCUCGUCAUUCUUGGACAUCUCCGGUAAGAACUAUCGCCUUUCUUCCUUCCUAUUAUGGAAUUAUUUAAUGCAAGCAUUAUUUUUAGUAUCAUUUUCUUCCUUAAACGAACUUUGUUUACCUUCUCACCACGUGCGGAACCUCCACCUUUCCUCUCUGAACUCGACUGUUACUAAUAAUUUGUAUUCUUUUUCUUUCUAUGAUUCUGUAAGCUUAUCGUACCUACAACUACUUUUCCGGUCUUAG